UAUUUUAGAGAGAAUGAAGUAGAUAGAAAAGCGAUAUGAGUCCAGAAACGAAAAAGUCAUUGGAAUUUGAAUUCUCCUACAGUGUCCCAAAAGGUAAGACAGUGAAUGUAACCAUCCCUUUGCUACUUCCCUUGUCCGGUUUACCCACUGACUACGCUGAGGUUCACAUCAGAGACAGUCGGAUACCAUGUUUUGCCGAGGACGUCUUCAGGGAAACAUUCCUGACAUUUGUGGCAGAGGAAGAAGAAAAAAUACGUCAGGAGGAAGGUGAUGCUGCUCUAGUAGACCUGGUGACAGAACUUGGGGAUCUGGUUGAUAUUUGGGAGAGCGAGGCUCGUGUCACUACACCUGUUUCAACUCACAGCAUACAACAGGAGGAGGAAUUUGGACAGAUCUGUCACAAGCUCUAUCAUUCACCUGUCCUACAUGCCAUGCGAGCGGAGGAGAAUAGAGCUGCCCAGGAAUUACGGGGUCUAGUCAAGAAACGUAAUGACGAAAUCAAGAAGAUUCAGGAUCAUCACAUCAUGGCGAUGGAGGGUUAUGUGAACAACGGUGGACAUGUCGAUACUACAGCAGUUAAUGAUUUGGCAGCAAGCCAAAUUGAACAACGACAGGACUGUGAAGUAAAGUGGGCGAGUGAAAUAUCACAUCUCAUGGAGAAACAGAGGAAAGAAUUUUACUCAUGGGUUCUGAAGACCUACGAGGAGAGUCUUGGUGGCAAAGAGUACUCUUCUAACAUUCCAAACACUAACAAUUACUCGCCUGAACCGCAGUCCUAUCCUAAGUUGGAGGAGAGUUUCUCCAUUUGUAUCGGUUCUCAACUGAAAAUAACACACAGUUUACGACUCUUUGUCGAUAAUGUUUGGAAUCUCUGUGCGGGUCAUCCCAGAGCCCCUGAGAGACUUCAAACUGCUCUAUCACUCUACACAAACAAUCUCUCCGGUCUGAUACUGCUAGUCGACAACAGACUCAACCUGUACAGCGGCAACACUCACAAGUUAUCUAAAAUAUCUGAAGUAUUCCCGGAAUUUCACUUUCCACCUUUUGAUCAACAGCUAACUACCAUCCGACAAAAACUGCUCAACCCUGAUGUUGUGAAGAGGAGGACUCCCACAAACUAUCUGAUCGAUGAUACUGUUCCAGACGCAGUUAUCAAAGAGGACGAGACCUCGGGAGAUCUUAUCUUACCUACAGGAACUUGUUAUCUGACCAGACAUUCCAAUCUCAAGCAGGUACACUGUGUUAUACAUCUUGUGGGGACUGUUCACGAGGUUCAGGGUGAGGUGACUUCGCGGGAUUCACUACUUAUUGGGCUGAAAAGUGCGCUAAAAAUAGCUUCAGAAAAUAACAUGGACAAUUUGGUUAUACCCUUGUUUUUAACAUCGACUCUUGAGCCAGGUAUGAACCAUGCAUGGUGCAUGAAACGCAGUGAACUUGUAUUUAAGUGUGUCAAGGGUUUUAUGAUUGAAGUGGGUUCUACUGGCGUUAUUAACAGCAAAACUUUUCACUUUAUUCUUCCCAAGAACACUCCCCAGAAAACAUUUCAAUCUAUCAGCAGUUUGUUACCCAACAUAUUCCGAGUUCCUUGUCCAAUGGUUCUAGAUCAAGGCUCCAGAAAGAAGACUUUGACUGUAGAAGAGCUUACAAAGCUGAACUUAUCGCCUGAUUCUAAUACUAGUUGAAAGUGUACUGUGUUAUCGCUGACUAUUUUUAAACGUUUUAACUGAGUUAAAGUUUGCAUGUUCUUUUUGGAUACACUUUUUAUGUUAAAAGCGAUGUUGACUACUUGCUGAUUGUCGUCUGAUGUACUAUUAAAUGAUAAGAAUCAUGUUUAAUUUGUAUCUUCUCAAAAUAUUUUGAAUAUUUUGAAUCGUCUCAAAUAUUUUGUUCGUAAUAUGAUUGCUUUGUUUUUCGUUUUGUGUAUGUUUCACCUGCUUUCUGUUUUAUUCUGUUU